GACAUGAUGACUGAACAGCACGGUGACCAAUCAGACCCUCGAUGGGCCGGGCUCCAUAUUUGUCCCAGUGCCGCACGGGCCCUCAAAGUUUGUUUAUUCGCGGAAUGCAGUGUGCGAUGAAAACGUGUUAGUAAGUAACCCCCCACCCUCCUCCCUCCCUCUCAUCUUUCUGCUAAGAAUAAUCAAAUGAAAGUGGCUGGGACGUCGGAUCGCACUGUGGACCUUUUUGGGAACGCGUACCGGUGCCAUUUACGCACGGAACAUGCUGGUGCGCUGCUGCGCCUGGGCGCACAGAGAGAGUCGCUCCAAACUCUGCAGAGUCUAGGCGUCCGUGCUCGGCACCGACAGCGCUGACCGAACGACCGACUUGAUAUUAGAGAAAGAUAAACAGAGAAAGGACUACGGAGCUGAAGAGAACAAGAAAGUUGUUCCGGGAGCGCGAUAUCGGGAGUUUUGAGUUCCCAUCGUCCGGUCAGUCGACAAAGUAAGAAAGAAGAGGAAAAAAGUGUUCACUGCUUGAUGAAUGUGAACAACUGAGAGAUACUGUCGCAGGCGUGGACUCGAGAUGCUGACAUUCCCCUGUAGUAGUCGAGAUAAGCCGUGACUUGACUCCCACAAGGGGUUAAACCGUGUCUGAGGGCAGUUUGGAAGAGCCAGCCUUUCUCCACCGUCCGGACCGACUCAUUGGGUGGGAGCAGAGAGAGACAAGAGUCCCCAGCAAAUCAGGAGCUAAUUGAUUAAAGAGACUUCAUUUGAAUAGGAGGGGGGCUGGCCAGGUGCCAAUCGCCUUUCAAAGAAGCCCCCGUAUGAUUAAUCGCACAGCAUUAUUGAUAAUCAUAACGGGGCACAUGCGCGGUGGAUGGGCUCGCUUUUUUACGUAAUUUUUGAGAGGGUUUUUGUCGUCAUUUUUUCUAUUCUCUGCUCGCUGAUGUGCCAGCCAGCAUGUCGCGGAGGAAACAAGCGAAGCCGCAACACUUCCAGUCCGACCCUCAGCUGCCUUUAGCGGAGCACAAUGGGGAGACAGAACUUUGCUCAGAGGACCCCCCCUGCAAGGAGUCAGACGCCCAUGUCUGUAACAGAUGUUGUGCAGAGUUUUUUGAAAUAUCAGAUCUCGAGGAACACCAGAAGAUUUGCACUAAAAAUCAGUUAGUUCUGAUAGUGAAUGAAAAUCCCGUCUCUCCCACCGAAAGUUUCUCACCCGGGUCUCCCCCUCAUAAUCCUGAUGACCAGAUGAAUGACACAGCUAAUAACACUGAUCAAACAGAGGGCAGUGAUCUUUUGGAGCGUAACACACUUGAGAAAGACGAAUCCAUGGAUGUGGACAUUUCCGGAAUGAGCAGUGGCCACGAAGAAGAGGGCAGUCACACAGAGAGUGGGAGCCCCACCAUCAACACAGUCAGCAACAGUGGUGGCAGAGUCACCGCAGGUCCAGCAGUGGGUACUUCAGCCAUUUCUGCCCCCCUCCCUCAGCUGAGUAAUCUAACUGAACUGGGAAAUUUCUCCAUGAUCAACAGUAAUGUCAUAAUAGAAAAUCUCCAGAGCACCAAAGUGGCUGUUGCACAGUUCUCUCAAGAGGCCCGUUCCACUGGGGCCCCCCGGGUGGCAGUGCCAGCCCUGAUGGAGCAGCUACUAGCUCUGCAACAACAACAGAUACACCAGCUGCAGCUUAUCGAGCAGAUUCGCCAUCAGAUACUUCUGCUGGCCUCUCAGUCCCCAGAAAUGCAGGUGCCUCCAACCUCUGCUCCAGGCACAAAGGGGCCCACUGCCAGCCCACUGACCACACUCAGUUCACAUCUCUCCCAACAGCUGGCUGCAGCCGCAGGCCUAGCGCAGAACCUCGCUAGUCAGUCAGCCAGUAUUAGCAGCCUAAAGCAGCUGGCUGCAGCAGCACAGCUACCUCAGGCCAACCCAAACACCACUGAGACAUCUCAAAGCAUUAGCACACUGGGGACGGCAACAGUCAACACCCAGUCCUCUGACAAAAGGCCGAGUCAUGUUAGCAGUAUGAGCAGCCUUCACUCUCAGCUCAGCAGCACCUCAAUACCUAAGUCAUCCACACCAGCAUUUGGAAUAGGUAGCUUGUUAAGCUCCGCAGUGAAUCCCCUUCUACCUCAGCCCCCUCCCGGAAACCCCAUGUUCUCCAGUUCUCUGCCGAGUGUUGGCACUACUGUAGAGGAUCUCAACUCUUUAGCAGCAUUGGCCCAGCAGAGGAAAGGCAAGCCACCAAAUGUCAACUCAUUUGAACACAAGAGCAGUUCCGAUGAUGCUUUUUUCAAGCAUAAGUGUCGGUUCUGCGGCAAGGUAUUUGGGAGUGACAGUGCCUUGCAAAUCCAUCUGCGCUCACACACUGGUGAGAGACCGUACAAGUGUAAUAUCUGUGGCAACCGCUUCUCUACCCGCGGUAACCUGAAGGUGCAUUUCCAACGUCAUAAAGAAAAAUACCCGCAUAUUCAGAUGAACCCUUACCCUGUUCCUGAGCAUUUAGACAACAUACCAACUAGUACUGGCAUUCCAUAUGGCAUGUCUUUGCCCCCUGAGAAACCUGUUACCAGCUGGUUAGACAGUAAACCAGUUCUGCCUACUAUGACUUCCUCUGUUGGCAUGCUGCUGCCACCAACCAUGCCCAGCCUUCCCCAUUUCAUUAAAAAGGAAGACCAUUCAGUAGCCAUAACUAGCCCUUCUGCUACCGCAAGAAGUGACUCAGGUGCCGCUGAGCCUCCAGCUAAAAACAAUGACGACGUGUCUGAAGAGGGUGAAGGUGCAACUCUGCCUACCUCAAAUGGGAAAACUGAAGAGGGAAGCCACUCCUCGGGCUACAUGACAAACGUAAGCUCUGCUUCGGAGCGCAUAACUGAGUAUACAACAUCCAACAGUCCACCCAUGAUGACCAACCCACUCAUGCCGCUUAUGUCUGAUCAGUUUAAGGCUAAGUUCCCAUUUGGAGGCAUUUUAGAGCCUCUCCAUGGGUCAGAGACCUCCAAGCUACAGCAACUUGUGGAGAACAUUGACAGGAAGGUGACAGAUCCGAACGAAUGUGUCAUCUGUCACAGAGUACUGAGCUGCCAAAGUGCUCUGAAAAUGCACUACCGCACUCAUACAGGAGAAAGGCCGUUUAAGUGUAAAGUCUGUGGCAGGGCUUUCACCACUAAGGGUAAUCUCAAGACCCACUACAGCGUCCAUAGGGCCAUGCCUCCACUUAGAGUCCAACACUCCUGUCCUAUUUGCCAGAAGAAGUUCACAAAUGCUGUGGUUCUGCAGCAGCACAUUCGUAUGCACAUGGGUGGGCACAUUCCCAACACCCCUCUGCCAGAGAAUUAUCCAGAGUCCAUGGCCUCUGACACUGGCUCAUUUGAGGAGAGAAACUUUGAUGACCUGGACAAUUUCUCUGAUGAUAACAUGGAAUUAAUGGAGGAAGGCCCAGAUAGCAGUGUUCCAGACACACCCAGGUCAGCUGAUAUUUCCCAUGACAGUCUGUGUAACUCCCCAGCUCUGGCUGAAAUGGUUAACCAUGAAGGCGAAGACAGAAAUGGCCCAGAGAAUGCUCACAAUAAUGCAACAGAGGAGCUUCAUGCUAACCACAUGAAGGCCACAGCUAAUGGCUUAGUUGAAGGGGAUUGCCUCACCAAUGACUCCUCGUCGAUGGGAGGGGACAUUGAAAGCCAAAGCGCCGGGAGCCCAGCUGUGUCAGAAUCUACCUCCUCUAUGCAGGCGCCAUCCCCCACUAGCAUGCAGCCACAAGUUCGUAAAUCCCCAAGCCUUGAAGAAAGGCCGCAAAGGAUUUUAUCCUUGGAGCCAACUAGUGCAAGCCCGUUACACUCUCAUCCCUCCAACAUCGGAGCACUGGACCUGACAUCUGUCAAUCCCUCAAAAGACCCCAUGGGCAUGAUUUUCCCCUUCCGUGAGCGAAGCACCAUUAGAAACACAUCCUGUGACAUUUGUGGGAAGACAUUUGCUUGUCAGAGUGCCUUGGACAUUCACUAUCGAAGUCAUACCAAAGAACGUCCAUUUAUUUGCACGGCCUGUAACAGGGGGUUCUCCACCAAGGGCAACCUUAAGCAGCACAUGCUAACCCAUCAAAUGAGAGAUCUGCCCUCACAGCUCUUUGAGCCUUCAAACACCAGCCUGUCCUCCAGCCCCACCCCUUCUCUCCUCUCCGUCAUCCCUCAUAACAAACCUGAGGUCAACGGCUUCCUGCACGUCCUCCAUCCAGAGAAGGACAUGGCUCCAGGUUUAGUCACAUCAUCUGCCUCCUCUUCUCCUGUGCUUUCUGCCGCUCCACCACGCAGGACACCUAAGCAACACUUCUGCAACGCCUGCGGGAAAUGCUUUUCCUCUGCCAGUGCUCUUCAAAUUCACGAGAGAACUCACACAGGAGAGAAACCCUUUGCCUGCACUAUCUGUGGUCGGGCAUUUACCACCAAAGGAAACCUCAAGGUUCACAUGGGCACGCACAUGUGGAACAGUGCUCCAGCCAGACGAGGCCGCAGGCUGUCUGUGGAUGGGCCAAUGGCCUUCCUGGGUACCAACUCUGUUAAGUUUCCUGAGCUCUUCCAGAAGGACAUGGCAACAAGAACGAGCAACGGAGACCCCACCAGUUUCUGGAACCAGUACGCCGCAGCUUUCUCUAACGGCCUUGCUAUGAAGACAAAUGAAAUCUCCGUCAUCCAGAAUGGAGGCCUCCCACCAAUGUCAGGAGGUGUGGGAAACGGGGGUAGCUCUCCAAUCGGUGGUCUGACCGGCAGCCUAGAUAAGCUGCACAGCAUGGAGCCCAACGCUGCCCUGGCUGGUCUGGAGAAAAUGGCCAACACGGAGAACGGGGCCCACUUCCGUUUCACGCGGUUCAUGGAAGACAAUAAAGAAAUUGUCACCAGUUAAAGUGUACGUCCUGAGCUGCAGGCACAGACACAUGAAGGUGCCUGAAGGCAUCUACUGUAUACAUAUGUAAAAGAAAAGAAAGAGAACAAGACAGGGACUAAAUCAAAAGAACUGGUUCGCUCACCAUUAAAUCUUUACAACCACAAGUGUGAAGACAACUUGCUUUUUUUGUACAAUGUACAUGUUAUAGUUUUAAGGAGCUUAUUUAUUAGUGAUAAUAGCCUUGCUUGGAACCACGUGGAAGCAUUAACAGUUAGGUUUUUGUUUGUUUAAGCCAGAAUGGGUAUAUAUGGGUGCUUAAAGAUGUGCUUUUGAAAUUUAGAAUAUCUGGGUAGAUAACCUGACCUUGGCAUUAAGUUAUUUUCUGUCUGUAGUUGCUAUAACCCAACUGAUGUUCAUGUGAUGCAUUAGCCCUGUAAUAAGCAAACAGUUUUGCUGUAAAUAAUGUACACUGAUCUUCUGUAGAUGGUCUAACAUCCGUGUCCAUGCAUCCCCCACUCCCCGUUCCCCUUAUCAAAACAAAAUCAACAUUUUCAGGCGAGGGACUUAAAAUGCUGUAGUUCCUUUUCUUUCUGAACUUCUAUUUACCUGUAUUUUAUUUAAGAAAGACAACACAUUGAAGUUUGCUAUAUUUCAAGGGUUUCUUUAGUGUUAACCUGUUUUGUUGUUACUGUGUUUCUGUGUAUUGUACCUUUUUUUUUUUGUUUACUUCUUUAUUUCCCACUCAAUUUCUAUCUCUUAUCUUUUUUGUGGCUCGUAUUUCUGGUGUUGUUGAAAGCAAGUCAGUUGUUAAAGGGGGAACAUUCGGUCUGGCCUCUACCCUGGUCAUUGGGAAGUAAGACAACCAAUCAAAUGAGCAAGAUUGCUUUUAGUUUCUCAGCUGGACACUCACAUUGCUGCUACAGUAUGUCCCACCAUCAAGAGUGACAUCAAGUGAAAAGUUGUAGUGUUGAAACUUCUGUAAAUUCAAUCAUUCAGAUGUGGAAAUACAAACAAACAAACAAACAAAGAAAAAAAGAAAAGGUACAAAAGACAUAUGAGAGAGAAGUCCACCACAGGCAGGGACAGACUAAAUGAUAGUGUUUUUAUAAAUAUAAAUAUAUAUAAGGGGUUUGAAAAAACCUUUGGACUGUUACAUGCACUUUCCUGGAAAGUUGGAAGAUCUUUAUUGGGUCCAGUUUCUCUACACUUUAAUACCUACUAACAACUAAGAUACUGUAAUUCUUUACUCAAGUAAUCAAAUACAUCAGUUUUCCAAAAGAA